AUGGGCAACAGCAGCAGCAGCAACGCCAGCGGCGCCGGCAACGUCCGGCCGCACGGCAAGCGCAACAACGCGUCGCACCGCCGCGCGCAGCAGCAGAAGCAGGCGCAGGCCCAAGCAGUGCCGACGAGCGCGGCCCCGGCCCCCGCGUCCGCUCCCCUGCCGCCCGCCGCCCCCGCCGCCGUGCGCCGCAACCCGCAGUCGCGCGAGCGCAAGGCCUUCAAGGAACUGAUUACGGGCGAGCUGCGCGACGUGAACGAGUUCUACGACAUUGAGAAGAAGGAGCUGGGCCAUGGCCACUACGGCACCGUGCGCGUGGGCGUGAGUAAGGCCACGGGCGCCAAGGUGGCCAUCAAGACCAUCCCCAAGGCCAAGGUCAGCCGCCCCGAGACCAUGCGGCGCGAGAUCAACAUCCUCAAGACGCUGGACCACCCCAACAUUAUCAAGUUCUACGACGCGUACGAGGGCAACCGCCACCUGCACCUCGUCACGGAGCUUUGCACGGGUGGCGAGCUGUUCGACCGCAUCAUCGCGCGCGGCCACUACAGUGAGGCGGACGCCGCCGUCCUGGUGCGCAAGAUCUCGGACGCCGUCAAGCACUGCCACGACCGCGACAUCUGCCACCGCGACCUCAAGCCCGAGAACUUCCUGUUCGCCACCAAGGCGGAGGAUGCCGAGCUCAAGCGUCUCACUGCCGACGAGGUGCUGCGUCACCCCUGGAUCUCUGGCUCGGCGCCGAGAUCGAGCAUGACGCUGAACCCGAACAUCUUCUCGAGCCUGAAGCGCUUCACGGGCAACAACAAGCUCAAGAAGGCGGCGCUUGGCGUCAUUGCCGACCUGGCCACGGAGAGCGAGAUUGCCGAGUUGAAGAACCAGUUCAUGGCGAUUGAUACGGACGGCAACGGUGUGAUCACGGUGUCGGAGCUGGCGGAGGCGCUGCGUGACACGGGCCUCGGCAUGAUUGAGGAGGAGGUACUGGAGCUGGUCAAGGGCAUCGACAUCGACGGCGACGGACUGGUGGACUACCCAGAGUUCCUGGCGGCCACCAUGAAGCGUAACCUGGCCAACCAGGAGGAGCACCUCAUCAACGCAUUUAAUUAUUUCGACACGACCAACACCGGCCAGAUCACCAAGGCCGACCUCGUGCAGUUCAUGGGCAGCGAGGAGCAGGCGCAGGAGGUCAUUAACGACGUGGAUGCGAACGGUGACGGUGUCAUCAGCUUCGAGGAGUUUGUGGCCAUGAUGAACCGCAAGGGUUACGGUGACGAUUCCGAGAUGGACAGCCUGGACGACGGCGGCUUCCUCUUUGCGGCACAGUAUAACAGCGGCAAGGUGCAGUCCCCCAUCAAGGAGACUGAGCUGUAGGCAGGCAUACUUACCUGACCACCCACAAAUUACUACAUCAAGGAGAUAAAGAGUGUCUGGAGGAU